CGGCGUCUUCCGGUUGCCGAGAGGCGGGCCCGCCGGAGAGAAGAAAUAACUGGAAUGCUAUCUAAAACAAAACAGAAAAAAAUCUGUUGUUAUAUUUAUUGAACACUAUUUAAAUGAAGAAAGAUUAAAAAACAACCAUAAUUCCAUCUAACAAUUAUCCCAUUGAAACACUGGUCAGUAUGUCACUCAAUCCAAGUCGACCCGCUUCAUCAGAGUUGGUGGAACUUCACGUUUUUUAUGUCCCUGAAGGAUCGUGGAACUAUAAACUAAAUACUAUUUCAAUAGAGGUUAUUAACAAAUUUAUUUCUGCUGGGUUUAUAAGAGUAUCUCCACAGCUUACUUUACAAGCCCUGAGGGAGCGCCUUGGUGAAUUUCUUGGUGAAGAUGCUGUUACAGAAAAGUUUUUAUUUCUGAAAUGCAUCGGAAAUAAUUUAGCUGUGGUAAAAGAAAAGCAAGAAUCGGAACUGAAACUCAAAUCAUUUGCUCCUCCAUAUGCUCUUCAACCAGAGCUGUAUUUACUCCCGGUUAUGGACCAUUUAGGAAACGUGUGCUCGGCAUCGUCAGCAGUGACGUUAGACGAGCCGCGCACUAGCAGCGAUUUUGCUGGGACUGACGGGAGACUCCACAGACCAGCCAGCAGGGUUCUGCCAAGAGACAGCCUUGCGAGAGACCCCAGUUUCUUGGAAAACUCGUUGAAAGACUUUAACAAGACUCAGGAAGCUGAGGGGCAAGCCACGCCCAAAGAAAGCCAGACUACACACAGUCUCAUUGGAAGUUCUGAGUUGCUGGGCCCAUUGGAAGAGUCGCUUGGUUAUUUUAGAAGCCAAAACAGUCCAUUUCUUUGGAAAAAUCAAAAUGAUACAGCCAGCAGUAGAAGACAUGCCAAACAGACAGGGGAGAAGGAGCACAGAACCUUACCAGACCUCACUGACUGUCCCUCAGUUCCUUGUCAGCCUUUUAACGCAAGAAUCACUGACGCCUCUUUAUUACAAAUUGAGAGAGAGAAGAUUAUUGAAAAACUGAGACAAGUAAAGGAAGAAAGAAUAUAUCUGGAAAACAUCAGGGAAGACCUACUUAACAAAGCUGAAAAGUUAUUUGAGCAAAACAAGUCAAAACGACACCAUGCCUGUGACAGUUGGAAAAAAAAGUACUUUGAAACCAAGAGAGUCACAGCAUCAUUGGAAGAGGUUUUAACAAAACUUCAAGAAGAUUUGGAACUUUAUUAUAAAAAAUUGCUCAUGCAACUCGAAGUCAGGGAGAUCAAGAUGAGACCACGAAAUCUGGCAAAUAUCUCGGACUCUAAGAAUUACCUUAUCAUCCAGAUCACUGAGGUGCAGCAUGCAAUUGACCAACUUAAGAGAAAACUGGAUACUGAUAAAAUGAAACUCAUAAUAGAAGCUAAGAUGAGAAAACAAGCUGUCGCAGAUUUGCAAACACUGAAAGCUGAGCUGACGCCAAAGAAAAUUAAUCCAUCUUUCCGAUCUCAAUUACUUCCUGGAAAUGUGCCACACUAAGAGCUCAAAGGAUUGAUUGUGUUUACAAUAAAUUGACCAAGUCAAAAGAACUAUACAGAGUCAUGCAUACUCUAGUGACUGCUGCAAUUCCUGACAGAAGUGCAACCUGGAGAACCCGUAUCACAGUGGACUCAGGAGCAAGCAGACUUAAAGACGUACACUUGAACUUGCCAUCACUCUGGCUGGAACUUUGAACUUCUAAAAAAUAUUGUUAAGAAAUUUGAAAUGCCUGGAAAUAGUGAAGGAUCACAUGGAAAACAGACUGAUUGAAUCCUGGUUAAAACACACGUGUUUCAGAAUACCAAGUCCAAGGUGAAACUGCUACCACUGAAACAAAAUGACAAAGCAAAGUGAUUCUUUUAACACACCCAAAACUUGAUUUUACUGUAUAAUUUUACAAUGAAUAACAAAAAGGGACAUAGCAGUAAUAAGAAGGCUUUUUAAGGUGCUAUUAAAAGGUCUCUUCUGCUCAUAAAAAUGUUUUCUGAAUUCUUUGGCCAGUAAACUUCAUAGAAACUUACUGUAUACUCAGGACUCUUUAGAGGAGAGGAGUUCAAAGUUCUAAACAUAUAGAAAUGAUACAGAAAAAGGGAUGCUAGUGAUACUCAUUUUAUCAGCCUGUGCUGUGUCUUGUGUUGAAUGUCCUGCUGAGCUCCAUUAAUAUAUACAACUAGGGUUGGACAGACGGCUUAGUGGUUAAGCGCUUGUGUGUGAAGCCUAAGGACCCGAGUUCGAGGCUUGAUUCCCCAGGACCCACGUUAGCCAGAUACACAA